AUGCUACUGGAUCCAAAUCCAGGAGCUUGGAUACUCCACACGUGCCACUUUAGGGCUCGAGCAGCGUGGCGGCGACGCACUCACCUCACGAGCGGGCUGUUCAAACGGCGGAGCGACACGCACUGCGCCGCGCCCGCCCUCGCGGGCCAGCCGCACGCCCGCCCGACUAUUUUCGGUGCCAAAAAUCCAGGAUUCCGAUCCAGCAUCGCAAUCGCAACGAACGUGCCGAUCACCGGGCGUCACGCUCCCACACACAGAUAUUCACUAUUUUUGCUACGAUCACCGUACGAGCGGUACUCUUAUGACAAGGGCGGAUGUGAAUAUUGA